UACCUUAUUAGUCAAGUUCCAGUUCCAGCAGAUGUUGUCCGGUCCGAAGAAGACCCAACUAAAACCAAAUCGUGCAAUCGAUAACCAAUACUCAUAAAGGGGGCAUUAGACAAAGGAAAACAUAUACCGGAGGAUCAGAUUAGCGGUCAAACUUUCCUCUUCAAUCUUGCUCAAAGCCAAAAACAGGUCUGAUAAGUGGGGAAGUUUAUCUGAGUGCUGUCACUAUGGGACAGAUUUGUCUAGCAGUGAUUUUUGCGAUCUUCUUGGGCUCAACAGGGGGAGCCAUGGCUGGAAUUCAUGAUAACUCUGUCGCCUCCAAUGAAUUUCCCUUAAUAAGCUCAACCUACAGCACGGAAGGAACUCUGUUUAUUCCUUACGCGGAAAUUGAAGAGCCGUUUGCAGCAUGGAUGGAUGACAAGGGUAGAAGCAGGAUUGACUUUUAUGGAGGAGUUUCUAAGACUUUCCAACUCUCGAAAUUGAAUGAAAAUGGGGUCAUGCGAAAAGUUGUGCCCGUGACCAAUGAGCAAUAUACGAAUAAGUUGACUUGUUUCGAAGUUAAUGGAACUGCAAAUGCCAAAGUUACAGCCCAAAGUGUACUCCCAGAUACGUCACAAUUUCAGUUCGUGGGGACUGAGAUUGUAAACAGCGUAAAGUGCAAGAAAUACGCCCUCGUGGAGACCAAAGGACAGAAAGUUAACAAGUAUACGUACUGGGUGAAAGUGGAGCCUUCCCCGUUAGAUCCUGACAUAUCGCUUGGUACUCCCGUCAAGUAUGAGAUGCGAGGUUACAACACGUUACUGGGAUCCCAUUACGACCACUACUACUUAAUCUAUGAUUGGUUUUCUCCGGAAUUACCCACUGACGAUGUCUUUCAAGUACCACCCAGUCUGAGCUGCGGUGACUUCCCUGGUCCUGGCGUGUCUCACCAUAAAACGAUCGCAACGUUUAAUCCAAUGAAGGAAUUCAUCCACAAUGAGGAUCGUCAUGUCCAAACCAACUUUGAAGAAUUCAUCAAUACCCACAACAAACAAUACAAGCACGAUCGAGAACAUCAUCAUCGGCUCAAUGUUUUCAGAAAUAAUUUCAGAUUCAUUCACAGCAAAAACAGACAAGGUCUCACUUUCCGUUUGGCAAUUAAUCAUCUUGCGGAUAGAACUGAAGACGAACUUCGGGUUCUCCGAGGCAGGCUUACCACAAAAGGAUCAAAUGGUGCUUUACCUUCUCCAAGCUAUGACAAAAGUGAUGCCAAGGAUCUUCCUCCAAGUUUUGACUGGAGGCUGUACGGAGCUGUUACGCCGGUGAAAGAUCAAAGUGUGUGCGGAUCCUGCUGGUCUUUCGGUACUAUUGGUACUAUUGAGGGAGCAAAUUUCUUGAAAACUGGAACACUCGUGAGAUUGUCGCAACAGGCCCUGGUUGAUUGUUCUUGGGGAUUUGGAAACAAUGGAUGCGAUGGAGGGGAAGAUUUUCGCUCUUAUCAAUGGAUCAUGAAACAUGGGGGCGUACCUUCAGAAGAUUCAUAUGGACCAUACCUAGGGAUUGAUGCAUAUUGUCAUGUUCAAAAUUCCACGAUGGCAGCAAAGAUUACGGGAUACGUGAAUGUGACAUCUGGAGACUCCAAUGCUCUCAAAUUUUCAAUGCUUAAGAAUGGCCCGAUAUCCGUUGGAAUUGACGCCUCGCACAAAACUUUGUCAUUUUAUGCGAAUGGAGUAUAUUACGAUCCUCAAUGCAAGAAUGGAGUGGACGAUCUUGACCAUGCUGUUUUACUCACUGGAUAUGGGACAAUUAAUGGUCAGGACUACUGGCUGAUAAAGAACUCCUGGUCGACCUACUGGGGCAAUGAUGGUUAUGUUUUAAUGAGUCAGAAAGAUAACAACUGCGGUGUUUCUACUGCUGCAACUUACGUCACAAUGUGACGUAAUGUCACGUAGUGUCAUGUGACAUAAACGUCACAAUGUCACAAUGUGAUUUGUUGACAAACUUAUGUUUACAAACUUAAACUUUUUAAACUAAAUACUUUGAAUCCCUCUUUUUUUGAGUUGAACACAUUUUAUUAAUUUCUUCUUACUACAAAAAUAAAUUUUAUAAAAUUAUUACAAUAUUUAUAACACUCGAGAAAUUAUUUGGUAAAAUAAAGCAUUGAUUGCAUACAGA